AUUUUAUAUUGACAAUGUUCCCAUUAGAGAGGUGGUAAGGACUGAAGCCAUGGGUGGUCAGUUCCCCUCCAAGCCCAUGUCUCUCUACGCCACCAUAUGGGAUGGCUCCAACUGGGCAACCUCCGGCGGCCGCUACAAGAUCAAUUACAAAUACGCCCCUUACAUUGCCGAAUUUGCCGAUCUCACCCUCCAUGGAUGUGCAGUUGACCCCAUGGAUCACACGCCCACCUGCAACAAUCUUGCUGCCGACUUGUACAGUACCAUUACAGUCUCGGCUGAUCAAAGGAUGGCAAUGGAGAGAUUUCGGAAGAAGUACAUGACCUAUUCAUACUGUUACGACCGUGUCCGAUACUCGGUUCCAUUGCCAGAGUGCUCUACCGGUCUGGAGGCUAGGCAAUUCCAAGAGUCAGGCGAGGCGAGGUUCAUGGAUCGCCGCCAUCGCCAUGGGAAGCGGCACCGCCGUGCUCCAGCUAAUUCUGUCAUUUGAAUCUGAUUCGUUGGAUAGGAGAUUAUCGCAAGGGAGAUUAUUUUGUGUACCAUGCAUUCUUGUGCUGUAUAGAAACUUUAUUGGUGGGUGGGUAGGGAUGGUGGGGGGUAGAUUUCUUAUUUAGAGGACAUAUAUAUACCUGCAUACCUUAGUAUGUCCAUGCUUGUUUUGGUGCCCGUCUUCUUUAUCAUAGAUGUCUUUCUUGUACUUGUUCCUUCCCGCCUACUGAUACCAUUAGCAUUGGCACCUGAAAUAAGAUAUAUGUGGAGAUAAUAACAUAAAUAAAAGGUUGAGGAUUGUUCUUUGCAA